GCUGUUCGGUCAGAGGCAGCUCCUGAGGCGCCCGGCAGGGGGCGCAGAGCAGCGCUUUGCUCCGCCCGCCUUUCUCUUUCCCGCCUUGUGCGCCGAGCCGCCGGAGACCAACCAGCCGCCGCCAGGCAAUGAGUUCUACAAAGAAGCAUUGUAUGAUGGCUCAAAGUGAAGCAUUUCAGCUGUGAAGAUGUAUGGAGACCUCUAUCACGACUUCAGUUGGUGACCAUUAGUUAUCCCUAAUUCUAAAAGGCAUGCGGCUGUCUUCAGAAACAAACUUCAUAGCUAUGUAAUUUAAAAUUAAAAAAGAUAGUGAACAAGUACCAUAGGUAAGCGAAAAAAGUUACAUUGGAAAAGACAAAAUGAAUGCUUCUGGAGGAGGUUGUGGAAGCCCUAGCUCUGCUGAAUCUACUGGUGACAUCUUCAAGGAUCUGUGGUCCAAACUAAAAGAAUGUCAUGAUAAAGAAGUACAAGGAUUACAGUUGAAAAUAUCCAAACUGAAAAAGGAAAGGUGUUUGGAUGCAGAGAGGCUUGAAGAGUUUUAUACCAAAAAUCAGCAGCUGAGAGAGCAACAGAAAGGACUUCAUGACACUAUCAAAGUUUUAGAAGACAGAUUAAGAGCAGGAUUAUGCGAUCGCUGUGCAGUAACUGAGGAGCAUAUGAGAAAGAAACAGCAGGAGUUUGAAAAUAUCCGGCAACAGAAUCUUAAACUUAUAACGGAACUUAUGAAUGAAAAAAACAACUUACAGGAUGAAAAUAAAAAGAUAUCUGAACAUCUUCAGCAGUUGCAGAAGCAGAUGGAGGGGAGAGAGCAACAAGCAAUGGAAUUGGAGGAAGGGAUCAUUCCAGAUUCACCAGUUCAAUCACUUUCACUAUCAGUGGUUAAUCGUAUCCGAAGAAAGAAAGAGAACAGGCAUGUCCGAUACACAGAGCAAACACAUACCGACCUGGAGCAUUCUGACAGCACUAAUGCAUUUGGAAAAGUUCCAUUGUCAUCAUCCACUCAAAUUCCUAAGCACUGUGGAAAGGAAAUACUAGUGGCUGACACCUGUGACCAAGAACUGUCCCCUAUAGCAAAUAAACAAGGAAGCUAUCCUGUUGCAAAGCCAUCUUUUAACUUGGCUGCAGUUGUUGCAGAAACAAUUGGACUCGUUCAAGAAGAAUCUGAGUCCCAGAGUGUACUGAAUUCUCUUAGAAGUAACAUUCCGAUGACCCAGGUGCCUCAGAGCCCACAGCAGGAAGAUUCCAGAAAACAGCUAGCUCAUGAAUCAUCAAGAAAUGACGACAACUUGGGACUUUCAGAUCCAUCUCAGAACACUCCAACAGAUGUAGAUUGGGAUUCUCAGGUAGCUUCUCCUGUUUUUGGAGCAUCUAACAACGUGAAGAACAGCCUGACUUCAAGUCUUUCCCCUUCUGUUUUAGAAACAGGAUUGAAGUCCAAUGCCAAAAAAGACUCCUUCAACAGUACUUUUAAUUCUAGAUCUCAUAAAGUUAGAUCAAAAUCUGAAGAUGUUGCUUUUGUUGCACCACUUAACCUUGGGACUGAAGUGAACUCUGUUAUCAGCCAGGCCUCAGCCAAUAGGCAGAUGGUUGUGAAAAGGGAUGCAAAUGAAUCCAUAACUUGUGUGGUCAACACUUGCUCAGGUAAAGAUGAGAUGAUCAAGAAUGACUUCCUCCUUGCACCCCACAAACAUUUAGUAGACAGAUCUAUUAAAAGAAAGAAAACAGAAGAUGAGCGUGUGACUAGCUGUGAAAAAACAUCUUUCAACAAAGAAAACUCUUUUCCUUUUCAAGCAGACAUUCAGCCUUUUAAUGCAGAUCAUAUAAUUGAUAGGCCUCUGGACCUGUCUGAUCGUUUUUCUACUAUUCGCUGUCAAGAAAAAAACUCAAGAAGUGAUGAGAUCUGUAAAAAUAGACUAAGACAGGUGAUGCUGCAUGAUAUUUUUUCACAGCUGGUGAAGCCUGUUCCAAAGGGUUCUUCAUCCAUCCAAAAUAUCAACAAUGUAAGCUAUUUGUCAGGAAAAGAGUCACAAGAAGAUCCCUAUGAACAGGAGAUGAUUCUCCAGUCACGUGGCAAAACGUGCCCAGAUAAAAAACAUUUGAUGCAAAUAAAAGAAGAAAUCUCUGCUUUCAAAAUCCCAUCAUUGCCAAACACAGUAGAGACAGAACUACUUUUUGACGACAUGAAGGUUGCCAGUGGCCACGAACCAAUUAGAAAGAAAACCAGGACAGGACAUGGAGAAUGUGAGCUGGCAUCUGUGCUUCAACCAAACCCUUGUAGAGCAACAAAACCUAAACCACUGCAAAAUGAACAAGAUAAACCAUCCUUAGAAAAUAUACAGUGGAGUAUAGAUCCAGGAGCAGACCUUUCCCAGUACAAAAUGGAUAUUACGGUUAUUGACACCAAGGAAGGCUCUCAAUCAAGAGUAGGAGGAGAGACUGAUAUGGACUAUCCGUACGUUAGUGAAAGCAUGCUAUUAAAAAUGAAAACUCAAGAGCAGAAAGGAGAAAGCAGUCCAAAGGGAGAAAGAAAAAUGAAUGACAGCUUAGCAGAAAUGUUUGAUCGGACCUCAUAUGAAGAAUAUAAAUCUUGUUUAGAAGAUGAUAGUCCUUCCGCAUGUGAUGAAAAAGAAAAUCCUCUUGAGGAAGAAAAUGAGGAAGUGUCAUCAGCAAGCAAACUAACGAAGCAUGAGAAUAAACAAGAUAAAACCAAGCAGAAAGCUUUUGUGGAGCCAUAUUUUAAAAGUGAUGAAAGAAAAAAUGCUGGGUUAGGUUUUCCCCAUAUUGAGGUUGUUCGGAAGAGGGAAGAGAGAAGAAAAUUGCUGGGCCAUACCUGUAAGGAAUGUGAAAUAUAUUAUGCAGAUAUUCCAGAAGGGGAGAGAGAAAAGAAGCUAGCUGCUUGUUCAAGACAUAGAUUCCGUUACAUUCCUCCUAGUACACCAGAAAACUUCUGGGAGGUUGGAUUUCCUUCCACUCAAACUUGUGUGGAAAGAGGCUAUAUUAAAGAGGAUCUUGCACCCUGUCACCGUCCAAAAAGAAGGCAGCCUUACAAUGUGAUGUUUUCUCCAAAAGGCAAAGAACAGAAGACAUAUAUGAUGGGGCAACAAAGCACAUAAAUGUGGGGAAAGUGUUUCCUGUCAUUAGAUAUUUAUAGUUAAUAUAAACUUGAAAUAAAGAUACUAUGGAUUUUUUCAAAAUGAUAAAUCAUUUCAUUAGAUAUGUAAAUCAUUUCCCUCUUAGAAAGCUCAUUUGAAAAUCUGAAGUAUGUAUCAGGAAACACUACUAUUUAAUGUGUCUUUGUUUCAUUUUGUGUUAAAUGUUUUGUCUUGAUUUUGCACCUUUAAGACAGGGGAUCUGCUCCUGUUUUUCCUCCCAUUGAAGUCAAUGGCUAAAUGCCCAUUGGACCAUAUCCAAACUUUAAGUAAGGUGGGUGUGACUUCUUUGAGCUCAGUGGAGUUCUACCUGCUCAUUCUAAGUCUAAACAUUGCUUAUAAAUUUCAGUGGGAGCAGGACUGGACCUGGUGGGGUGCUUCCAUUUUGCACUGGAUAACUUAAAGGAUUUAUCACCUUCCCUUUUUUGUAAUAAUUGUGAUAUAUCUAAUUGCAAUAAACAAAGUAGUAUUUAUUAAUGAUUUCAUCACCUCAAAACUUUCUCCAGCAGAGAUCGCCAGUCAUAAUUUCUUGUCCCAUUGGUGCAUACCAAAAUGGUACUUAUGUCCUCACAAUUUCAGUGGUUUAAGUUGGAAUCUUAAAAUUUUUUGCUCCAGCUUAUCAUAUAUGGCUGUCUUUUUAAUUCAGUGUCAUCUGUAUACCCUUCCUUCAUAGUACCCAAAGUUACAAUGUCUCACCUAUCGCUAGGAAUGUCUGAAUUGAGGGAAGAGUCAAUACCAUUUGGAAUGUAUUGUGCCCAGACUCCUCUUAAAGAUCUUCAACACUAUCCACUAGACUGAGUGGUCUCUUAAGACAUGUAUUCUAAUGUAGUGUUGUAAAUUUCUAUGUUGCACAACAAAGUGCACAAGUUGAUACCUCACCAUAUAGUCCAGCUGUCUCAGUACUACACUAAAUUAAAAGGUGGAAUGUAGUAUUGUGAAACAUCGUUAAGAUGACAGAGCUGCAAUAUUUAAACCUCAGCAGAAUAUGUCUACAAUGCCAAAGUGAGAGAUUUUUCUAGUUUAAAAAUACCUCCUAUAUACAGCACUAUAAGGAAAUAUUCCUUCCACUCAAAAAGACUUUUAUCCAACUUGUGUGAAUAACAAAAGCAAAAGAAUAUAAAGCCAAUGGUAUUUUUAAUACAAUUACUAAAACGGCUUUUAUUUAUAACCCCUAAUCACAACUAUCUUUAUCAAUUGAAAAGCUAUUUUGCGUGUACUAUGUUAUGCCUGAGACAUGUCACUUAUCUCCAUUUUACAGAAGAAAGUUAAUACCUACCUCAGAGCAGUGUUGAAGACAUUUUUUUUGUUGGCAAAAUGCUUUCAGAUCCUUGCAUCAGAAGCUGUAAGUGUGGGGUAUGUUUCUAAUUAGUUUCAGAAGGGCUCUUGGAUGGUUAGAGAUGACCUUAUUAGACACCCAUUGUAGUAGGCACUGUACAUAUAAAUAGGAAGACACCAUUCCUGCCCUGGAAAUCUUGCAGUAUAAAUAACUUGAAAUAUCCAGACAACUGUAAAAACCUGUUUAUAAAAAUUAAGAGACAAACUGUUGUGCUAGAGUUAUUGGGCCCAAAUCUCAUUUAUACUAAUUCUUUACACUUACCUGGCAGUGUAAAAUGGGCCUUUAGUGUAAAAAAAUCAGGCUCAUUUUCUAAAACGUUUAAAAAUUAUUGCACUCUAACAAAGUUUUACUUUCUCAGUAUUUGCAGAUAUAUAAUAAAAUCCUAAAUAUGCAGUGCUUUAAUUUGGUGUUUAGAGGCCAUAAUGGGUAUGCUUUAGUUUUUCUCUUAUUUUCAUCAAAAUUUGGGGUGUGCUAUAACUGCUUUAAAUCCUGCCAUUUGAGUACUAUUGCCUACAUCUAUAAAGUUGCUUUUGUAACACUUCUUUAUACUUUUAG